GUCUAUAUAGAAAUCUUGACAUCUUUUUUCAUUAGCCUCACAUCAGUCCUAUGGCUGAUCAAAAACUUACACGACCACUUCUAUUUUCCAAGCUUCAUGUUGAAUGAUAUCAGCGAAAACUAUUGUGCUACCAUGCAUGCUUUGUCGAGUAGCAACAGCUUCGUCGGUAUAGUUGCCGCAAUGUGAGCACGUGGCAUAAACUGGCGACUCCGUCAUAUUGAUCGACCUGAAUCCGCGCUUUAAUCGGCGCGUCGACUCGCGCACUUGUCAGUUCCCUGAAAGUAUCUGUGUACCCCGCUUUUACGGCAUAAUCGCGGCCGCGUAGUCGCACCGUGGCAUCUCACGAAACUGCAUCGUGCUGCAUCGUGCCCUCGUUAGGCUCGUUUCGCCAUCGCCAUGCACCGAUGAUGUAGACUCGUCGAUAGACGCGCUGAGGGGUUCGAGCUUGAAGAGAGUGCAUAGGCGCAGAAGGGUGCCAGAUAUCGUUGCAGGGUCGACAAUCGAAUCCGAGAUCGCAAGGAAUGACAGUAAUCAGUAAAAGAAAAUAGACUUUGUGUUCAAGACAUCUUUAAAAAAAGAAGGAUACUAGUGUUUGUCAAGAGAAAAUUGAAACUUCUAGAUCUGGUGGUGCAAAGAAGAAAAACAAGAUUGUCUGAAAUAUAUGGCCGAAUCAGCUCGUGCUAAUCGAGCAUUGUUCGAUGCUUGAGAAAGUCUCGAUAUGACACAAAGCUAGACGAGGUAUAAGGACAUCCGCCGUCAGGAUGUGGACAAAUCACUUGAUAGUGGCGGCAAUUGUACUCGCGGUUGCCAACGUCUGUCGUGCGGAGUGCCAGACUCGCUCCAUUUACUGUUACGAGUGCGACUCAUGGACGGACCUCAGGUGCAAGGAUCCUUUCAACUACACUGCACUACCCAGGGACCAACCGCCCCUGAUGACCUGUAACGGAUGCUGCGUGAAAAUGGUCCGCAACGCGAAAUCACCGUAUGAGAGCGUGAGGAGAACCUGCACCUCGCAGCUACAAAUAAACUUAUUCAUGGUGGACCACGUGUGCAUGAUGGAAAGUACCGGCACUGGUCACAUGUGCUUCUGUGAGGAGGAUAUGUGCAAUCGUGUACCCCCGACCUUGCGCUCGAAUCCCGUACUCCUGCUGAUCCUGUCGACCAUCCUUGUUCUACGCUCGGCCGUCUUAGGAGCCUCAGCUUGCUUUGUAGAACGUUGCCAUGAUCACGUCGUAUAACACUAAUUAACUCGAUCCACCCAUCGCAGUGGCGUCCAAUCAUAUCCUUCGUAGAAAUUCUAGCGAGUCGACAACACGACCACUCGUCGGAACGAACGAUCGAGCUGGCUUCGAUCCUGAAGGCUAGAUCCUUCGAGAUGUAAAAGAAAAAGGUAGCCGAGAGAAAGUAAAAAGCGAUGGACGAUCGACGUGUCGUUGUAGUUAUCAUUAAUUUUGUGCCUCUUUCAAACGCACGUCGUCGAUCCAUCCAAUCGCGUGUAGAAGUAUAAAAUAUAUUUCUAAUCUAUAUAUGUAUAUAUAUAUUUAUGUAUAUUACAUUAUAUAUAUAUAUAUGUGUGUAUAUGUAUAUAUAUAUAAAUUUUAUCAAAGUUGCAUAUCUUACGAUAGAUAAUAGAUGCAUAACAGAGAAUGCGAAUGUUGAAAUGAGCUUGAUACAUAUUGAACGUUGCAAAGAAAUAUAUAUAUAUGGAUAGUAGAUCUCUCCGCAAAAAUAAUAUUUAUCUAUCUAUUCUUAUAAGAGAUUUUAUUAUGUAUUAUAAUGUUAAAUUAAUUUUACAUACAUUAUACUUUUAGGAAAAAGAAGUUGAGAAAAAAGCUGAAAAAGAGUUAAUAUUAAUUUGCAUUCUAUGAAACUUGGUCGUAUUAUAUAAUUGUAAUGUUUAAUUCUAUGAUAUAUGAUAAACAGAAAAAAAUUCAAUUUUCUUCGACUGCGAGAAUUGCACAAUCUGUGUGCAUCGUUCGUUCCGAUUACUGGCCUUAGAUAGCAUCGAGAAUAUCUAAGCGUUUCUUGUGUAGAAAUCAUCCCGACUGUCCAAUCGAUUUCUCUGACGAUUUUGACACGAGUUCGAGUUCUUUGUUAGUUGCUCUUUGAGCAAGCACGGCUAGCAUCUUCGCAAUGCAUUCGUGAUAUAAGCUCUGAGGAAGGAAUUUUAUUAAAAAAAAGGAAAAAGUAUAAAAUAAAUGUUUAAAAUAAAAUAUUGAAUAUAUAUAUAUAUGAAAUAUUAAAUAUCUAUUGAAUAUUGAAUAUUAAAUAUCAUCAUCUGUUUGAAUGAUGGAUCUAAACUACGUUUGUAAUAUAAAACUAAGAUAAUACAAUAAUUCUAUUAGAAAGAACAUUUUCGAUUUAUACAAUAAUUUUCUGACAUAAAGCAUACAAAUUACUCCGAGUUAUUUACCUAAAUUAUGUAACUUUGCAAUAUUUCUCGUUUAAAUUUAACAUCCUUGGUGCUUUAUAUAUUCUGCUAUGUAUCAUAAAAUUUAAUUGCACUGCCCAAUUUUAGAAUUAGAAAAGAAUAUUCCAUUGAGUAAAAUUAUCAUCAAGAUUUACUGAAAUUGAACUCCUUCCUCGGCGUUGUCGUUGCAUGUACUCAACCGUCGUCUGGGAACAUCGAUGAUGGAUUAACCGUUUACCCUAAUAGUACUACAAAGAGAAAAACCAAUGUGGAUACUCUAACUUUCGGUUUUUUCUCACGAAAAUGCACCUCACUGUGUCGUUUCUCUCAUUCUAAUGCGACAAUGUUUGACGCGACUGGUCGAGUUUCGUAUGAUGCGAGAACUUGUUGAAAAGCACAGUAACAUUGCACGACGUAUGGACGCCGGUCUGUAUAUAAGAUGUAAAAUUUAAAAAAAAAAAUAUUUGCAUAUAAGAAUACUCAAAAAAUUUUUAAUUUUUAAAUAAAAUUAAAUAAACAAAUUAAAGUUUUAUUAAUUUAAAAAUUAUAAAUUUUUUUAUGCAAUAAUGCAAAUAAUGUAUAAAAAAAAGUAUUGAAAAGCAAAUGACUAUAAUCCUUCAAGAUAAUUAGAAUUUUACAUGACAUAUAACAGGGAAAGAAAUUGAAUAGACAUCUUUCCGAAUUAUAUUUUUGCGUUUAUGUCUAUCGCUUUAUACAUGCGUUAUUUUCUGCAAUUAUCUAUUUAAUGAACUUGGUAUCGCAUGUAUAUAUCAAUUCUCAAAUAAUUAUUACACGACGAUAACGAUGAUAUUAUGAGGAAAAACGGCGCUCAUUCGUCAAGCAAAUUUUAUCGAUUUAGCAAAACGCUUCCUUGAUUCUUUUACUCAAUCACAACUCUUAUUCACUGUUUUUCACACCGUCUUUCUAUCUCUUUCUCUCUUUAUCACACAGCCUGAUUCUUUACCUAUGCACUCUUUUUUCGUUCUUUUCAUUCUUCGACAGCGCAACUUUCUCGUAGAUAUCUUGUCCGUUCGUUAUUCUAAUAAAACAUUCUCAUACUUGAAGUGACGGGAAGGCAUUGAGUCUAUGAUAGAAGAAGCGAGCUUGUAUUAUAGAAAGACUACUUUAGAUGGCAUGGUUGCAGCAUGCACAUCCAACAGACAGCACCGACAGAUGCAGAAAGAACCGGCCGGGGGACGAGCAGCGAAGAUGACGUUUUCGAAUCCCGGAAGUUAUCUAAAUAUACAUAUGCGCACGUUUUUCGAAACAAAUAGAAUAUAAUUAAUUUAACAUUAUAAUAAGUUUUAUAAAAAACAUUUUCUGUCUAAUAAUUCUGUCUAAUUUUGACAUAUAAAGAUUAAAAUAAACAGAAAGAUUAAAAUUUUAAUAUUCAACUCUUUGAAACUUUAAAAAUAGUGAAAAUUUUCAUGUUUUAAUUCUAAGAAUUUGAGAAUUGUUUUAAGAAUAUCAAAUUUGGAUUUAAAAUUCUUUUAGGAUUUGGGAACUUAAAGAAUUUUGAAAUUUGAAAAAUGAAAGUAAAUAUCUAACAAUACGAAAAUUUUUCUAAACAUCUUCUAAAAACGGGCGCACACUCAAGGGCAUAAAUCAAUACAGUGAUGAAGUUUCAACUUACAAUUAGAAGAAAAGUUGCGUCAUAGACGAAAAUGAAGUUGAGUGCAUGGAUUGUAGCGUUCACCAGACUGUACGAAUUAUGGAAAGUCAGCGCAGAAAAAUUUUAUUUUUAAUCGCAAUAUCUUUAAUCAUAAAUCUGAAUUUCUAUUUGCACACAAUAAAGAUUAAUAGAUUAAUAGAAUGUCUCAUGUGUAUGUAUGUAUGUAUAUAAUCAUAUAUUUUUAAGAAAGAAUGAAGAAUACAAAACAUACACAAGGGAAACAAAUUUUUCAAAUGUCUCACUAUAUAAUUGAAAUUUCUGCUUCUAAGUAAAGAUAUUUCUCUUUCUCAAUUUCAUAACAUUUUUUAUAUAUAUCUACAGAAUAUAUAAUAUGCUUUAUAAAAUAUUUUAACUUAAUUGAUUUUUAAAUAACUGUUUCCAUUACUAUCUCAGAUAAAAUAUUUUAUAUACAGCUUAUUUAACUAUGAUCCAAUAUGCAGGGAACAGCUUUGGCGUUUGACUUUCAAAUAGCCGUACAGUAACACCUUGCAUGAGACUGCAUGAUCCUGUCGUUAUUAUUCUUGCGUGUGAACGAGUAUUCCACUUCCACAGUCACUGGUCGAAAGCGAACAGCGUUUUUACAACCAAUUCUUGAAUUUUAUGACAUAUACAUUAUUGAAUAAUAUACGUAAAGUUAUAUACGUGAUCAAUGAAAUCUAAAAGAUUCAAAGUUUUUUCCACGCUUAUAUAGAUCCAAAAGAAUCACGCUGCUGUUUCUUUCCAUCCAUGACUUGUCCGAAUGCAAUAACAACAAGAACAAUAACAGCAUUAACAUAAAUAACAGUUAUGACAACUAUGACAACUAUAAAUAACCCACGAUACCUUCCACCCCGACGAAUGCAACGCAAAACAGACGAAAAGCAAAGCACAACGUGGGCCUUCAGCUUCGUUUGUGCCGCAAUUAACGAGCCUGUCGCUUCUGAUAAAAAUCGUGUUUAGUUGUUAAAUCGAAUUUAGUCUCACUCGUUCGGAUCUCAACUAUUUAACAAGGAAAACUGUUGAAUCGUCGACUCGUGGCAUUCGAGUCUGGUAUACAUCAAUUGUAUACAGCAUUAUUUAUAUACAUAUAAUAUAAAAUUUCACUUCGCUAGUAUUGUGCCAACAAUACGGAAUGCAUUGGUGAAAUGACUUUAUUUUUUAACGGGAUGCAAAUCAUGGUAUCUCUACCGUUAAAAAAUAUUGUGCAAGAGUGAGUGCAAACAAUUUAAAUCACCGUUUGUCACUCGAUGAUGAUGCAAUCGUCGCCUCUGCCGAAUGCAAUCAUCGAUCGACGAAAUCGCUCGCGACUGGCACGGCCAAGCUGAACGCGCAUGUCCUCACAGAGAGGCUUUCAAAGCGGAGCCUCUUGCCAAAUAAACUUCGGUGCUUGCUUGACCGAUGGCGAGCAGACCGACGUUUCUUUGGCAAGCCAUGCGGCUCGUGUCGCGUCAUUUGUUCAUUGUCGCACGCGCGGCUGCGAGGCUAUCCGUCCACGUUUCUAUCGCGAUCUAUGCCGCUCUUAUAUCUCUCCAUUAACCCUUUGGGUUUCCUCUGUUUCUUCAGUCUAUUUCGUCCAACAUCCUUUAAUCUUCCAAUUUAACGCGUCUUGUUUUUAUAUCAAAUAUAAGCGCUCUUUCCGCGAGGAAAUUGCUCGGAUUGAAUUGUGCUAAUUAUACUCGAUUUUUUUCAACAACUAUCUCAUAAAUUGAUAUUGAUCUCUUAUGAGAAUAAGUUUCUUUGAGUUAAGCAAAAAUUAAACGCAAUAUUUAAAAAGAACUUAUUUAUAUCUAUAAAAAGGGACAAGUUUCUUGCAUAUAAUAAAAAUGUCGCUACUCACGUCACACUUUAUUGUAAAGUUAUAAAAUAUACGAUUAUAAUUUAUAAAAAAAUAAUAAGAAGUAAGCUAAAGCUUGACCAGUUAAAUAUAAUUAUCUAGUUUAUUAAUUAUUUCUCUUGUAAAAUUCUGAAUCAUAAUCCUAAUCAAAAUAUAUACACAGAAUAUUUGCUAAAAUGUAUAUAUAUAUAUAUAUAUUAAAUUUUGAAAUAAUUUUGCAUUGGAUUCACAAUCCAAUGAGUUAUCUCUGACUAGCAAUUUUUUAUUAUUCUAUCAUGAUCAUAAAAAAAUAGUGAUCGUGUUAAAAAAUUAGUUGAUAAAUGUUGGAAAACAAACGAUUCGAGAGAGCACAUUUCCUCGUUUUACAUCUGAGUCGCAACGAAAACACGAGAAUUUCGAUAUUAAAUCCUCGCUUACCAGUAAUAAUCGGUACUAAACCUGGCCUCGCAGCUGAAAAGUAUCCACGUAUGUAACUAGUAAAUCAGUUUAUUUGCGAUAUGUGGAUUAUUUAACUUAGCAACGACACGCAAGGACGAAGAUAGAUAUAAGAAAAAAUAUUUUAAUCCUUUAACUCGAUGACUUAAAUUUCUAAUUUUAUAUAUUAGAAAUGAUUAUUUGUCUUAUGAUAAAUUGAAAAAAAUAUAAUAUUGCAUAAAUCAAGAAGUGAACUCAAAAUGACAGUUAAAGGAUUAAUUUUUGGAAUACGUUGUAUUCCUAUGAUAUUGUACUUCUAUACGAUACAUGUGCGAUUGUAUAAUUGUAUAAGUAUAUAUGUAUGUAUAAGAGAUAAUUGAAAGAGGUAACUUUAAUUUUAUUAUAAUAUAUCACAAAGUCGUGACAUGUGUUAAAUCUUAUUUCUAAAUAUAAGAAUAAAAAAGGCGAUUAUUAUAUAUAAUAUAUUUGUUAUCGCCUAUGUUGAUAGAAUGUAAAAUGACGAUAAACGUGUUCCUCAUUCUUAAAUCGUUAAAUAAUUAACGUGUUUUACCAUAUCAAUAGGCUUUAAUCUAUUUUUCAUCAAUUGAAUUUCCAUCAAAAAUAUCGACUCAACUUCUAUUAAUUAAAUCGAGCUAAAUUUUAUUUAUAUAGAAGAACAAAGAAAAGCUUCUCUCUCUUAUUCAAAUGUAUUUAUGAUAUUUAUCUCCUUGCUUUUAAAUUAUUACGACGUAUUCUGCCGCAAAUUUGUAAAUAGCUUUGCAAGAAAAAGGAGGAAAUAUUUUUUUUUUAAUUAUAUAAUAAACUAACAAAAAAGAGUUAAAUGUAUGUAUAUUCCAUGAUUUUGAAUUUAAUGAUAGUAAAUAUAAAAUAAUUCUUAGAUAAAGGAUAAUUCAUUAAUAUCUUAUGCUCAAUUUUGUAUCGUCACUUGUGUGACAAACAGUUUGAAAAAGUUACAAUAUUAUAUUUCUUGCAAAGAACUCAAUGAAAAUGUUAUAUGAGGUUGCUGGAUAAUGUAGAAUUAAAUAAAUUUUCUCAAUUCCAGAUAUAUUAAUUAAACAAUAUAUUUACAUUGAAUAUUAAUAUUCUUAUAUGUAUUUAUCUUUUCAUUAACUUUUAGAGAUUAUUUCAUAACUAUAUUACUCAUAUUAAGCUAUAUUACAAUGCCAAUCCAGAUUUUAAGUUAAUUUAAAAAUACAUUAUAUAUAUAUAUAUAUAUAAAAUCAAAGUUUCCUUGAUAAAACCAACUAUAAAUUUAAUUAUACCAUUAAAUCCAUAAAUUCAUGUUUUACAUAGAAUUACAUAUACGACCAUAUUUGUAAUCACUAUUUUAUUGUUUAUUAUGAUCAAUAUUACGAAAUUUAAAUUUAUUUAUUGUUUUAAAGAACCAGCACACAAAGCGUUUUAAACAUUUUAGUAUUUUCAUGAUUAUGCCAAUAAUUACCAGUAAGGAAUAAUUAAGAUUUGAAAUAAAGUAAAAUACUGUAAAUAGAAGAUAUAAGCAGAGGAAAUGCUUAAACAAAAUGUUCUCAUUUGUAUAUAUAAAUGUUAUAAAUAAAUGAAUGUUACAAAAAUA